CCACGACGACGCCGUCGACGCCGCCGCCGCCGCCAACGAACGACGGUGAUAUCAAAUCAGUCAGCCAGCCAGUAGUCAAGCUAGUCCAGGCAGCCAGUCAGUAAAGAAAAAUACGUUCUCCGGACCAGCGAGAUAACGUAUGUUCUUCUGCGUGUGGCUCUAGAGAGGGCCUUUCGGAAUCGGAACCGACGAGUGUCGCGAAGACGGAUUCACAAAUUUCGAGUCACGCGUGCCGCGGAAUAUUUUCCCAUAGCGAAACUGUGCGUCUAUAAUAGGUUUCAAAUUUGGAAGUCGAAGCCCAUCAUCAGCCGUUCGUCGUUCGGUUGAGAGUUUUGUGAAAACGUGCUAAAGUGUGUUGUGGAUUGUUGUCAUUAUCAUUGUUAUUGGAAUGGAUUGGAUUAGAUUUGGCUGAUCAGGUGUAGUCGUAACUGUGCGUCCGUUGAAGUGAUUGGUGUCACCGGCUAGCUCUGCCUGGAUCUGAUUGUCGAAAAAUCAAACGGCGGAUAAGGAGCACGUGACGUUGCCGCGGAGGCCAGUUUCGGGGUGAAGUGGCGCAAAGAAGAGGUGAUAAACGGACAGGGUGCAGUGUGCGGCUAUUCGGUGAUAGUCGAGUGCUUGUUUUGGUGAACCCACCCAGCCAUGUGAUUUGUGGUGGCUACAGCGGAAUCGCCUCUGGUUUCUGGUCGUGAAAUUUCGAAGAAGAACCUACACCAAAAACCGUCCGUCGUCCGCGAGGACGUCUACUGCCAUUGCUCUGGGGUAGGUUAGUGACACGCCGGAAGGAGCGGAGCUGGACGAGACGUACAUGAUCAUAAUACGAAGUGCGUUGAGGGAAAAAUAGUAACGGUAGCUAUCAGUGGACGAUGUGAUUAUUUUCCCAAGGAGACUUCCAUAUUGAUUAGAAGACGAAGAAAAAUUGAGUUUGAAAAUACGUUCGGAUGAAUCGAUGAUAGUGAAUAACCAUUCAUACAUUUGAAAGCUGACUUCAAGGAGUACUGCUGAAAACCAUUAAUCGCCAACAACCAUCCUAAGUACCCAGAGCCAUUAGCCACUAGUCCUGCAGAAGAACUUCAAUAGAAACGAUGGUCAUCGGCUAGAAGUCACAGGUCCGCGGGUGUAAAAGGAAAUUCCGAACGACGAGAGCGGGAAAAAGCAUCAACCGGAAGGUUGGAAAACAGCGUGUCCCCUGACAGGAAAAACGAUUGGAGAUCGCCCUUCAAAGUAAAGUGUGUGUGUGUUUUUGAGUAAAAUGUGGAAAUUGUGAAGCCGGGGAAAUCAGCUGCUAGGCGAGUGAAGAGAAGAAGGGAAGUUUGGCGACUACUGUGCAAAAAAAACCAUCGAGUGAUUGUAAAGCAAAGCAAAGUCGAAGUGAAGUGUGUGCAGAGAAAAAGAAAAAUAGCAGCAGUAGCAGAAAUCAAGCGCCCAAGAAAAAAAAGUGCCGGUGUUUGGUCGGGGGCUCUUUUUCGAUCGUUUUUCCUUUUUUUUCGUCCAAACGGGUGGCGGCAAACCGCGGGAUAAAUAAAUAUUCAACUGGUGGUGCCACCGGAGAUGUAACACCGGGGUUCCGACUCUUUUGCAGUGGCCCAGAACGUGUAGAUACGCGAAUUGUGUGUGUUUGUGUUUGUGUAUUGAGCUGAGGGAGGGCCAAAGCCAAAAAAAAGGGGGCGGGAAAAGUUAACCGAAGGCACGCGGAAAACACAUUAACAUCAGCUAGGUUAGGUGUCGGGGGAGUCUGUCCGAAGAAAGGAAGAAGAAGUAACAGCCAAUAUCAACAGAAAAACGUCGAGAUACAAAUAUAAAAUUCGAUUACGACACUUAGGACCUGUUGAGAGGCCUUGCCGGGUGAAGUGAUUACGGGAAAAAGGGCAACAGUCCGGGAAAAGAUUGCAGCCAACUUUUGAGAUACACAUUUGCUGAUAGAUGUUGAUCUACUUCUGGACUCAGAAAUAUACCAAGACCGAUAUGUGAGGACAGAUUCGUCGAUUUUUGACGGAAUCAUAACUUGGGGAACGGAUAACUUGGAAGUCACAAAUCCGUGCAGCUUUGAUGGUGCCGCAAGAAAAAAUCCAAGAAACUGAUAUCAUUACGAAAGUAAGUCAUGUGUGCCACGCCAACCUUUUCCUAGUGCGCCGGGAUGAAGACGAAAUGAGAAACCGAAACGCUUCCAUGAAAGAAGCACUUGCAAUCCCAUUUAAUAAGUAAUCAUUUACUUCCGUUUGAUCCACUCUUGCACGACAACACGGUCCAUUGAAGGGGAAAAGGAAGAGGACUCUGACAUUAGAUACAUUUCCAACGUAACCUAAAGUCGCUCGGCUUAGCGACUAAGCCGAUUCCGAACGGCAGAUUUGAAACAACAUACAUACGAGACGAGUAGUCGAGUGACUCCUGGCCUGGAAGGUCUGGCAGCAAAGUUUAUGGGAAAAAAUAUCUUACAAAACACCCGGCACUUCCAUCUUCAAUCAUCAUCGUCAUCGUUUUCGUCCUCCUCUUGAAAGAAAGGUAUCAGACGGCAUUCACGGACGUAUCUCGAUCAGUUUUUGCGUAACAUCGUCAACAGACAGGAUUUGUGUGAGCUGCAGCCUUCCUUUCGAGCUGAGCAACUCUCGUCAUCGGUGCAUGAGACUAGAUUUCACAGAUCGCAAACCAGUUGGAAAGAUUCUGCCCUUCCCACACCCGGUUGAUGGUGUGCGAAAAAUACGGUUACGAAAGACAAAAAAAAAUCAGUCGAAAUACCAAAGUCAUCUCUAUCAGCACUAAGCUUCGGUUUGUUUCUAACGGUCGCCAUAUACACACAAGGGUGAGCCUUUCCUUUUUUCGUGUUCUGGAGUUCCCUGUUAAAAACAACAACAACAGAACUUUAAAAAAAAACCUUAAAAGUGGUUCGUCAUCCGACGUUUCUCGUUUGCAUCGAGAGAGAAACCAGUGGCUGUGAUUCCACCCCAAUCACACUCUGUCUGGGCUGUUGUGUGACCUCCUUACCUAAGCCAUCCCCAACUUGACAGAAAAGGGCGGCAGCAACAGCACCAAUAAAAUAUAAACCUCAAAGAAGAGGGAAAAAGUCAAGUCGUAUUUGGAAAGAUUCCUCACGCCCCAGCCUCGCCAUUCGUCAAUAGCAAAACGGUGCAGCAUCCAGCAGAAAAGCGGUGCUUUUUUCCGCUCCAAAUGUCGAACAAGCGGAUAAUGAUGCCAUAAUUUAAUCAAGAAGCUCUUCUGCUCCGUGCGAUGCUGCCAGAAUCGGGGACGCAACCUUGCCCUGCCACGACGACUAAAACGACUAGGAAGGCGCCAAGCACCGGCACAGGUCGGCAGCAGGAAUUUCCCACCGAAAGGCUCCCCACCCUCCGUUCCUUUCGAGGCGAAGCGAAGCGACGCAGGGUGAACGAUAAUAGGAAAAGAUUUUCGAAAAAUCGAAUAGAAAAGUACUCCAACUCCGGAGCACGCAGCACACACAGGCCGAGCUGCUUUUUCCUGCUAAGGAGCCACUCCAGGAAAAAUCCGACAGAGCGACCGCACAUGUGAAUAAGUGGGACGACGACGACGUCGAGAAUCUGUUUCCUCCCAACCACACUUAACGCAAAGCACACGCACGAAAUAAGUGAAAGGAAAAAAAACGAAACGAGGGUUCUCGCCAAACCAAACCAAACCAAACCGCUUAGAGGCUGACUGUAGGUCUUUUGUACAAAUUGAAUAAAUAUUCCACAUAGAGGCGGAACACGAUCACCAGUAGUAGUAGCAGUAGGAGUGAACUGGAAAAUCCUAACGCUGAAUAGCAAAGCAUCCCCGCCUCUUUAACUUUAUUAAGCAUCUUCUUUCCGGGGUACUUCGUAACGACAGCUAGUGCUUAAGUAGGAAUUAUUUCCUGGACCGAUUCAAUUUACCAAAGAGAAAAGUUUCCGGAAACAGACACAGGCACAAAUUACCUGAAAGAGAAAGGUCACCCUUAAAAGCCCACAAACGAGGAAUGGGGGCCUAAAGCAGCCCCUGAUCCGACCCAGCGACCGUCCUUCAUGUAUGGAUUCAACGGUUUCCUCGCUGUUGUCAACGAUAAUUGCGUCGUCGGAAGGGCUGCACCCAACAACAACAACAGCAAACACAACGCUGACACUACCACUCCCAGCAGCAGCAGCAGCCUCACUUGUAGUGGCGGAUCUCGUGAACAGCGUCUCGGUGUCGUCGUCCGGCGGAAGUACGGCCGCAGCAGCAGCGAUUGUCAACGCCACCGCCGCCAGCAAUCUGUUGCAGUUUCUCCAGAACGGUAGCAUCUACACCAGCGGCGCCGUAGCGUCUUCGUUGGCAUCAACGCCCGCCUCACUGCCAGCGCUAGUCCAGCAGCUAGCACCGAUUGCCGUCACAUCGGCGUCGACCUACACAAGCUCUCUACAGGAUCCGGUCGGCGAAGGAACGGUUUCGCCCGCUGCCGGCAGCAAUGUGCUAACCUUCCAGACAAUCAUCAUCAGUGUGAUCCUGCUGGCCGUCAUCAUCGGAACGAUCGUCGGCAAUGUGCUAGUGUGCGUGGCCGUUUGUCUGGUGCGAAAGCUGCGAAGGCCCUGCAACUACCUGUUGGUAUCGCUGGCGAUAUCUGACAUCUGUGUGGCCGUGCUGGUCAUGCCGACGGCUCUCCUUUACGAGGUCCUAGAGGAAUGGAAGUUUGGCCCAGUAUUCUGCGACAUCUGGGUAUCGUUCGAUGUACUCUCCUGCACAGCUUCGAUCCUGAACCUGUGUGCCAUCUCAGUUGACAGGUACUGGGCCAUCACGAAGCCCCUCGAGUACGGCGUUAAGCGAACGCCACGGCGUAUGAUCGCCUGCAUAGUGCUAGUCUGGCUUGCCGCCGCCUGUAUAUCGCUCCCACCACUCUUAAUCUUAGGCAACGAACACAUGACCAACGGCCAGCCGUCCUGCUCGGUUUGCCAAAACUUCUUCUACCAAAUCUACGCAACGUUAGGUUCCUUCUACAUCCCGCUGGCAGUGAUGCUCUUCGUUUACUAUCAGAUCUUUCGGGCCGCCCGUCGAAUAGUGAUGGAGGAAAAACGAGCCCAGAAGCGUCUGGAAAGUGCCAUCAAUGGCAACGCCACCCCCGAGAAGAAGCUCGGCCCAGGAGGCACAGUCCUAGUCACAACUCCGCCACACAAAAAACUACGCUUCCAGCUGGCGAAGGAACGCAAAGCUUCCACGACCCUAGGCAUCAUCAUGUCCGCCUUCACCGUUUGCUGGUUGCCGUUCUUCAUCCUCGCCCUGGUGCGACCCUUCCUCGGAGAAGAUCACCGGACGCUUUCGUCGUUGUUCCUGUGGCUCGGGUACGCCAACUCGCUGUUGAACCCGAUCAUCUACGCCACCCUUAAUCGUGACUUCCGGAAGCCCUUCCAGGAGAUCCUGUUCUUCCGGUGCUCCAGCCUGAACAACAUGAUGCGGGAGGACUUCUACCACAGUCAGUACGGUGAUCCCGGAUCGCAGCGUCUGGUCAUCACCAACGAAACCGGGGGCGCCCGCGAAAGCUUCCUAUGAGACCGGGCCGAGUUCGUUGUUCGGUUCUAGUGAUGUACCCCCCCUUUUUUAGGCAAUUGUUUAUUUUGGGACCGGCGGUAUCCGUUGGCCUAUUAGGUGUUAUUAUUAUAGACUAGUAGUGCUGAUAGCUGUAAGACAGUGUGUAGGGAUAUCACUUUGAACACAUUCGAAAUGCGCUUUAGAGUGAUACUUUGUAGUGCUAGAUCGCUUACAUUAUACUAUAUUUUUCGAAUGAUAUUUUCAAAAGUGAACUUUUUCAUUUGAUGACAUUUUUGGUUCAUGUCAUUUGCUAUAUUUAAAAGAAAAGAUUGCACAUUCUUCCAGAAAUCAAAGUCAAAAGCGCAAUAUUUUUUAAAUUUCGACUUAUUUUGUAAAAAUUCUUCUGGAGUGGGAAUAAAACAGGAUCGAAAAAAAAAACAAAGAAAUCACGGAGAAUGAGCUAGCUCAAUUAAAGUUAAUAAGGCUUUUCAGAAAACAAAAAAACGCUACUCUAUCACUGUUGUUACGAAUCAAAUAUAUUGUUCACCUUCGAUUACUCUCAAUCGUAUCCAAACUAACUAUAAAAAGAUGAAAAAAAACGCUGUUAGAUUUUAAGAAACGAACUAUGCACCUAACUCUGGAAACAAAGUGUAACGCUGUUUUAACGUAGGAAAUCGAUGUUUGUGAUAGAUGGAACCGUUUUGUUGGAACGAAAAUCCAGCGGAUUUAUUUGUUCACUGAAAUGUACAAACGAUCGUGUUCGAAAAAAUGUCACUCGGAUCUUGAACUACACACUUUAUACUCUCCGACCAAUCAAUGAUAUAUCAGAAUGACGAAAGUAGUUACACCCCCAAAGUCGAUAUUUUAUUCACCCUCGAGACCUGCGCAGCACAAAUCAAACAAUCACAGGCUAUGUGAGUGAGUUUUUAACAGGAUAUUUUAAAUCAUAUACUCCACGUUUGAAAGAAAAUAACUAUUUUUAAAACAGAUAUGGUUUGUCUUUUUCGCUAUUUUUAAAGAAAGUUUUUAGGAAAAAAAAAUUAAACAAACUAACCAAGCAAAGUCGGUAUUAUCGGAAACGGAACAAAAGUGAUUUAAGCUUUACCUAUGAAUGAAAAUAGAUGAUAUAUUUAAAUUCCACCGUUUUUUUUUUGUCUUUACUCUUGUUAGACCCGUUUUGUUGACAAAUUUUUAAGUGAUACUUAAGCUAAAAUUUACUCCCUGAGAACGGCUAUUAAGCUCUAUAUAAAUAUGUUGUUGUUGUAGGAAAUUAAAAAAGGAAGGCGCAAAACUGUUUGUAUCUAAAUUUUAAGAAUGUCGCUGAUACUGGAAGCAAAAACUAAUGAAGAGAAAACGAUACGAAACACUUAUUUGUGCGUGCACCCCUUUGAGCCAUCUGUAAGAUAUUAUUUGUACUAGAUUAAGCUGAUUCGACAACGGAAGAGAUGGACAGCAUAAGCCGAAAACAGUCAAGUGAUGAAAUA